CAAAAACUCAUAAAGAGGCAAGCGCUACUUUGGUGUUCUUCUUACUCUCUUUCUCUAGUUAUUUUCCUGGAAUUUUUUCCAAUACAGAGAGAAAAUGUCUGGAGAAGGAACAGAGAGAAAGAACAAAUCUCCAGCUUCUGCAAGAUCUCACACCACAAACACUCAAGAAAGAUCUUCACCUGCUGACACCAAGCACUCCCAAAUUGUGGAAUCUGGAAAUGUUCUUAAGAAGACUUGCUUCUUCGAUUAUGCGGGUUUCGUCAAGACAAUUCUCCUGGUAUCGUUCGUCGGAGCCGUGGCGUGUGUCUAUCAAUCAAUCCAACCGCCACCGCCGAAAAUCGUCGGCUCUCCCGACGGAGCCGCCGUGACAGCGUCGAGGAUCAAACUGAGAGACGGAAGACAUUUGGCUUAUAAAGAAUUCGGAUACCCUAGAGACGAAGCCAAAUUUAAGAUCAUAUAUAUCCACGGCUUCGAUUCUUGUAUGCACGACUCGCCUUUCCCCUAUUUCUUAAUGCCGGCCCUUGUGGAAGAAUUGAAGAUAUACACUGUGUCUUUUGACCGUCCUGGUUAUGGAGAGAGUGAUCCUGAUCCGAAUCGGUCACCGAGAAGCAUAGCAUUGGAUAUAGAAGAACUUGCUGAUGGGUUAGGACUAGGACCUAAGUUCUAUGUCUUUGGUCUCUCCAUGGGUGGUGAAAUCACAUGGGCAUGCCUUAAGUACAUCCCUCACAGGUUAGCCGGAGCGGCGCUGGUGGCACCGGCGAUUAACUACUGGUGGAGAAACUUACCGGGUGAGAUAACAAGAGAAGCUUUCUCUCGAAUGUAUCCUGCGGAUCAAUGGGCUCUUCGAGUAGCUCACUAUGCUCCUUGGCUUACAUUUUGGUGGAACACUCAGAAGUGGUUCCCAUUCUCCAAUGUGAUCUCGGGUAACCCCAUCAUUUUCUCCCGUCAGGACAUGGAGGUCUUGUCUAAGCUCGGAUUCGUCAGACCAAAUCGGGCAUACACAAGACAACAGGGUGACUUCGAAAGCAUACACCGAGAUUUGAAUGUUGGAUUUUCAAGCUGGGAGUUUGAUCCGUUAGACCUUCAAGAUCCGUUCCCAAACAAGAAUGGCUCGAUUCACCUUUGGAAUGGCGACGAGGAUAAGUUUGUGCCAGUGAAGCUUCAGCGUUAUAUUGCAUCAAAGCUUCCAUGGAUUCGUUACCAUGAGAUUUCUGGAUCAGGACAUUUGUUACCGCUUGUGGAAGGUAUGACUGAUAAGAUCAUCAAGUCCCUUUUGGAGGCAAGUGAGAGUAGAGGAGAAGCUUCUGCUUGAGUCACAUUAGAAUAAGUUAUAUAAUUAAUUGCUUGUAUUGUUUUCAAAAUAUUCUUAGGCAUAUUUUCUGCUUGUUAUAAUAAUGGCUACAAAUAUAAUGAUGAAUGAUAAAAUUAUUUUAUAAAGUUUCGACUUUUGUAAAAGAUUACAGA